CUGCCCGCCUGGCUUCGACGAUCCCCGACUUUCACGAUGAAUAUUUUGGAGUACAUGUUUGGCAAGCGCAUGACGCCUGCGGAGCGUCUGCGCAAGAACCAGCGCAUGCUGGACAAGGCGAUUCGCGAGCUGGACCAGAUUCGUGUGAAGCUUGAGAAGCAGGAGAAGCAGUUGAUCACGCAGAUCAAGCAAAGUGCCCAGAAGGGACAGAUGGGCGCUUGCAAGAUUCAGGCCAAGGAUUUGGUUCGAACACGAAGAUACAUUGAGAAGUUUUACGGAAUGCGCAGUCAGUUGCAGAAGAUCUCGCUCAGGCUGCAGACCUAUCGUACCAAUGAGCAGAUGAUGCAGGCCAUGAAGGGCGCCACGGUCGCCCUCGGCAGCAUGAACCGAUCGAUGAACCUCCCCGCCCUCCAGCGCAUCGCCAUGGAAUUCGAGCGCGAGAACGACAUUAUGGAUCAGCGACAGGAAAUGAUGGACGACGUCAUGGACGAUGCCAUGGAUGUCGGUGCUGAGGAAGAGGGCGAGGAGGUUGUCGAGCAAGUUCUGGAAGAGAUCGGAGUCGACUUGACAUCAGCGCUCGGAGAAACGCCGUCUGGGAUGCAGACUGCGGCGGUACCGGAAAGCAGAAUUGCUCAAGCAGUCGGCGGCGGUGGAGGCGGAGGUGCGGAUCCGGGCGACGACGACCUCCAGGCCCGUCUCGACAGUCUCAGGCGGUAG